AUGCUUCUGCUCAGAGCCCAAGCUGCUACAUCUCUUUGGCUUCUUUUCCUCGUGCAAGCACAUGGGACCCUAUCGUAUACGUUUACAAACGAACCACUUGAACCUUUUGUGUCUAGUAUAGGGCAAUACAAUCUAACGAUCACAGCUGAAAGUGAAGGCGGUUGUCUAAAGAAGUGUCUUGAAGAUUAUCCGAACUGCCUUGGCGUUGGUGUGGAACCUUAUUAUGGACGGAUCUACUGUUUCGUGUACGUCCCAGCUUACACCCCGGCAGGUGCUUACCAUGCUAAUCCUAAAGAAGUGUUUUACCGAUUGGAAAGAGACAAAGUCGAUCUUCAAUGUCCAUUGGUGAAUACUGUGCUUCCUGCCUGA